AUGGUGACAGACUAUCUUCACAAAACUGAUGAGGAGGCUGAGCAUAUUGUCACUACCAUACUAAUACAGCAACUGUAUAAUGGAUAUGUCUUCAUUAAUGAACUAUCGACAACCAACAGACCUGAAGCUCUUUACAAUCCACAACUUGUUUUUCACUUCUUGCAUGAGUUUGCUAGCCAUGGUUAUGUUGCCAGACCAGAUGAGCCAAGUACAGUUCAUUCAACACAUGUCCUCAAAACAAUUGCUAACAUUGGGGGUGGAGGGGCAUUUACAGUGGAUGAUUUGAUUGAGCUGAUCAUACAUGGAUCCAUCAAAUCAAAAAUUGUCAACGAAUUUGGUUUCAUUGACCUCCUUGAAAUUGGGGCAGUGAGAUCAAUGCAGUCUGUGAAUGAGGCAGCCCUGCAAGGCAUUGUUGAGCUGCUGCUUGAUGAUCCGGCAAGUUGCAUGCCUGAACUCCAUCUUGUACUUGAUGGUACAAAAAUGGCUGGAAGUCGUUUUGGAUUUGUGGACAUUUUGUUUUGCCAACAUCAACAACAGACCUCUUUGAGCAAACUCGAGCUGUCAUCAUAG